AUGAUUGCCGAAGUUGAUGAACCAAAAAGUGAACCUGAAAUUACGGUUACAGCUGCAGAAACAAUUGUCAAAAGUAAUAGUUUAAUUGUUGUUUCCAAUCGUUUGCCUUUCGUUCUGAAAAAGAAUGAAGAUGGCACAAUGUACCGUCAAGCAAGUGCUGGUGGAUUAGUUACUGCAGUCGCACCAGUCGUGAUAAAGGGAAAAGGACAAUGGGUUGGAUGGCCUGGACUUCACUUACCCUCAGAUUACAAUGAUGAAAAUCUACCCGAAUCUGACCCAAGUGACCAAACUCCUACAGCUGGUUUAAAAUCAAAACAAGUGGUUACAGUAAAUAUGGACCCUGACCUUUUUGAAGCUUACUACAAUGGAUGCUGUAAUGGAACACAUUGGCCUCUUUUUCAUUCUAUGCCGGGUCGUGCCAUUUUCUCUGCUGAUCACUGGCGCGCUUAUGUCGCAGCAAACAAACUGUUUGCUGAUAAGACAAUUCAAGCUAUCGAACGUUGCACCAAAGAUCCCCAAAAUCCCGGAAUUCCUAUUGUAUGGAUUCAUGAUUAUCAUUUAAUGCUGUGCGCGAAUUAUAUUCGUGAAAAGGCGGAAGAGAAAAAUCUUCAAUUUCAAUUGGCAUUUUUCUUGCACAUUCCAUUCCCACCUUGGGAUAUCUUCCGUCUGUUUCCUUGGUCUGAUGAAAUUCUUCAAGGAAUGCUAGCUUGUGAUAUGGUCGGAUUUCAUAUCCGUGAUUAUUGUAUAAACUUUGUUGAUUGUUGCCAAAGAAAUUUAGGUUGUCGUGUUGAUCGCAAGAACUUACUCGUUGAACAUGGUGGUCGCUCUGUAAGAGUUCGUCCACUCCCAAUUGGAAUACCUUAUGAUCGAUUCGUAGAGUUAGCAAGAUCUGCAAAGAAGGUUAUAAAAACGAAGCAGAAAGUCAUCCUAGGUGUUGAUAGAUUAGAUUAUACAAAAGGAUUAGUAAAUCGCCUAAAAGCUUUUGAAAUUUUAUUGGAAAAACACCCAGAACAUAGAGGAAAUGUAAGUUUCUUGCAAAUUUCUGUACCUUCACGUACAGAUGUACUUGAAUAUCAGCAAUUAAAGGAAGAAAUGGAUCAACUUGUCGGUCGCAUUAAUGGUAGAUUUUCAACAGCAGUUUGGGCUCCUAUUCGCUACAUUUUCGGAUGCGUUGGACAAAGUGAACUUGCUGCUUACUAUCGUGAUGCUGCUGUAGCUUUAGUUACUCCUUUACGUGAUGGCAUGAAUCUCGUAGCUAAAGAAUUCGUAGCAUGUCAAAUUAAUGAACCACCAGGAGUUUUGAUUGUAAGUCCAUUUGCUGGUGCUGGAGAAACGAUGCACGAAGCAUUGUUGUGUAAUCCAUAUGAAAUUGGCGCUGCUGCUGAAGUAAUUCAUCGUGCCUUAACAAUGCCUGAAGACGAACGAUCUUUAAGAAUGAGUCGACUUAGACGAAGAGAAAUGGAGCAUGAUGUAAAUCAUUGGAUGAGAUCAUUCUUAAAAGCAAUGGGAUCUGGUUUGGAAGAAGAUGAUAUUGGAACAACUCGUUUACAACCAGUAACAAUAGAUGACUUUGAUGACUAUUUGCUCAACUACAUCGGUUAUUCGCAUAAACUUGCUUUAUUGCUUGAUUAUGACGGUACUUUGUCUCCAAUUGCUCCACAUCCUGAUUUGGCUACAUUGCCACCAGAAACUAAGAAUGUUUUACAACGAUUGAGCAACAUAUCUGAUUUGUAUAUUGCCGUCAUUUCUGGUCGUAGUGUCGAGAAUGUAAAAAAUAUGGUAGGGAUUGAAGGCAUUACAUAUGCAGGUAAACAUGGUUUAGAAAUUUUACAUCCCGAUGGCAGCAAAUUUGUUCAUCCUAUGCCUGUUGAAUAUGAAGAGAAAGUUAGUAACUUGCUGAAAGCACUUCAAGAUUCUGUUUGUCGUGAUGGAGCUUGGGUAGAAAACAAGGGUGCGCUUUUGACAUUCCAUUAUCGUGAUACACCAAACGAACUUCGUCCUGCAAUGCUCGAAAAAGCCCGUGGUUUGAUGGAAUUCUAUGGAUUCAAAUCAACAAAUGCUCAUUGUGCCUUAGAAGCUAAACCACCAGUUCCUUGGAAUAAAGGUCGUGCUUCAAUAUAUAUUCUUAGAACAGCCUUCGGUGUUGAUUGGAGUGAAAGAAUUAAAAUCAUUUAUGCUGGUGAUGACGUCACAGAUGAAGAUGCUAUGAUGGCUCUACGUGGUGUCGCUGCUACAUUCCGUAUUGCUAGCUCUAAUAUCAUCAAGACAGCAGCUGAACGUCGUCUUCCAUCUACAGACUCCGUCUUAACUAUGCUUAAAUGGGUUGAAAGACAUUUUAUGAAUAAAAGACCCAGAAAGAUCUCGAACAAUUCUAGACCCAAAAAGAAUGCAUUUCCAAAUAAUGUAGGAUUUCCAUUACACAUGUCAUUCGAUUUAACAAGAAGUCCCUCUAGAAGUCCUCGUUCAAGUCCAUUGCCAUCACCAUGCUUGUCUGCUGACCAAAGUAGUGCUGAUGAAUCAAUAGAAUAAAAAUUUCAUAUCUCUUAGUUCUAGUUACUAAAAACGCAUAAACAUUUUAAAUUGAAAAAACUUCUUCCUUUCCUUUAUUUCUUUUCAAAUUUCAUAUAGCUAGGUGCAAUUUAUACUUGAAAAUAUAUUUUAGCAUAGAAAAUUUUUAUAAUAUCC